AUGUUCUCAAAGGCGCUGUCCGACAUUCUACAGUUUUCUAACCCUCUAUUGUUGAGAUCGCUGAUUCAAUUCACGGAGGACUCUAAGAGACCACUCUGGGAAGGAAUUUUCAUAGCGUUCGCAAUGUUCACAACGAGCGAGCUCUCGUCCCUACUGCAAUCCCACUACUACUACCUUAUGUAUAGAGUUGGAACAAGAGUCCAAACGUGCCUCACGGCUGCGGUAUACAGAAAAUCUCUUCGCCUAUCCACCGCCGCUCGUCGGAGUAAAACUGUUGGUGAAAUUGUUAACCUCAUGUCCAUAGAUAUUGAUCGCUUCCAGCAAAUUUCUCCUCAAACAAUGCAGUACUGGAGCAAUCCGUUGCAAGUAGGCUGA